CGCUCCUGAACGGCUUCAGUCCAGGGACAGCCGGGGAGAGGAGAGGAGCACCGCACCUCUGAAACACACUAUUCAAUUUACAACUCGAGAUUUGCGUGGAAUUCUCAGCUGAAGGGAAAAAUAUGGACUUAUUUAAGCGUGCGGGAGCCCUGACAGGGUCUCAGUGACUGCAGCUGGCCGUGUGUCCCCAGUAGUCUGCUGCCUGGUCUUUGAAGAGUGGCCAGAGGUGGCAGCCACUCUAAGAGACUCUUGUUUCCCUUCUCUCUCUCUCCUUCCCAUUCUCUGGAGUCGAUCGCUGUUUCGCUGCCAAGUACCCGGGAAGCUCAUUGAACAGCAUCCAAGGACCCAGUAACACUCUUAAAGGUUGGAUAAGGCAAAGGAACCACUUCCUAAAACUAAACAAAAAAACGACGUGCAUCGCCCCGGUUUCUUCAAGGAAGAUCCUGCCAAAGGGAAUUAUUUAGCUUGACUUAUCCUUAGUCUGGACUAUACCGCUAUAACAACAACUAAACAUGGGGAACCAGCUGACAGAAAUCGCCCCAAGCACACCUUUCCUCCCAAACUUCCAGUCAUUGCAUGUGGUGGUGAUCGGAUUGGACUCAGCAGGGAAAACCUCCCUCCUCUACAGACUCAAACUGCGGGAGUUUGUGGAGACGAUCCCCACGAAGGGCUUCAACAUGGAGCGGAUUAAAGUCACCAUGGGAAACUCCAAGACCAACACCACCACGUUCCAGGUGUGGGACGUGGGCGGUCAGGAGAAACUGCGACCCCUCUGGAAGUCGUACACCAGGCGGACGGACGGGCUGGUGUUCGUGGUGGAUGCUGCCGAGGCGGAGCGCAUGGAGGAGGCCAAGGUGGAGCUGCACCGCAUCACCCGCUCGGCUGAGAACCAGGGGGUGCCCGUGCUCGUUCUGGCCAACAAACAGGACUUGGAUGGAGCGUUAUCAGCUUUAGAGGUGGAGAAGGUGCUGGCCCUCCACGAGCUGAGCUCCUCCACGCUGCACCACACACAGGGCUGCUCAGCGCUGGACGGCCAGGGGCUGCAGCCCGGCCUGGAGAAACUCUAUGAGAUGAUCCUGAAGAGGAAGAAGAUGCUGCGGCACAGCAAGAAAAAGAGAUGAAGGGAGUGACGAGCAAGGGCGGCUGUCUCCUGCCUGAACCGCCACUUAAUCUGGGGAACUUGACACAGGUCCUGUUUGUGACGCUUUUUGGAACUUUAGCUGGUAAACUUGUGGGGGAGGGAUAGGGUGUUUCAAAGGCCUGUCGGUCGCCCCAAGGCAAGUUGGGACGUUUCCAGCCAAGUUCAGACUUAAGCUCCCAGUUCAGUCCCUGCUGUUGUGCAGCUGCGCUACAGUGCUAACACCCGCCUGCUUCCUCUGGACACUUCAAUGGACCUACAGUACUUCCCUUGUGAUUGUUUUGGGCUCUCAGCUCCCUUCCUCCUCCUCAUCCCCCGUCCUCAAAGGUGUGUGGCGGUGAGAGGAAAACUUCCAGUAGGACAGUUCAGAGGGAAAGAGAGACUGAUAUGUGCAAUAUGUUGAACACAGUCACUGAUGCACUCACUCCAACAUUGAAGGAUAUUUUGUACCGUUGAGUACCUUUUGAUAAACUGUAGUGCCAACAGAAAAGUGCAAGCUUCCUGUUCCUAUGGCAUAUGGCAGUUCCUUUCACCUAGUUUAAAUGUUACACUUUAAUGAUUCUUUAUGUUGCAUGGAUGUUCACCCAGUUACCUGCUUGGGAAUAUUACGACAACACUUUUGUUGAUCAAAAGAGGACUAUUGAUACUAUUACUAUUAUUAUUCAGGGUCAGAAAUUGCCCAGUGUUCAGUUAGGUAUCCUCUUAGGGACUAGAGAAGAGACGUGCCAUGAUAAUCAUCGCAAGCUGAUGAACAUGACGUUUUCAGACCGAAGAACAAACUACACACAACACCUGAGGCUGCUAAAUCUGGCCGUGCAAGUUUGAAAUUGUUCAGUGCACUCUUCACCACACCUGUCAGCUUGUCACAGUUCAGUGUUUUUGAGGUUGGCUGGGUGCUUGGUUGGUAGGUGAAGUCACUACAAAAGUUGUUUUUACAGUUGUACAUAUGUUUUUUUUUUUUUUUUCUUUUUGUAAAACUUGAAACAAAUGAAUAAAUUAUUGAACAACUUUGACA